AUGCGGAAACUGACGAUUAUGUCGAGGGAUCGCUGCAAGGAAACGAGGAUCAGCCGAGCGCCAGCGCUGUUGGAGAAAGCAGGCCGGUGGGGGGGCUUCCCCCUCCCACAUGGCGACAAAAUCUGCCCCCCACUCCGCCGCCCGCCCCUGCGGGCCCCAGUGGCGGUCGCGCUGGCGCGGCUGAAUGCUGACGUGGCGUUCGUGGGAGCAGUAGGGGAUGACGAGGCGGGGAAUACAUUUCUGGAGAUUCUGGAGUCCAAUGGCGUGUCGACACGUGGCGUGGACAUGCGUGGUGGAUUAAGAACCGGAGCAAAGCUCAUCUCUUUGGAAAAAGCGGAAGCGCAAGCGAAGGAUGGAGCAUCAGGAGAAGAAUUAGAAUCACGAGGAGGAGAGGUGCUUAGAGGGGGGGUGAUAAUAAAGAAGAGCAACACCCGCUCGGCUUCGAAUGCAGGCACUGCAUGGCGUGCCCGCUUCCCAUUGGCUGAGGAAGCGCGUGACGUGGCAGGGCAGGAGGAAGGAGUAGGCGAGGAAGAGGAGGAGGAGAGACAGGAGUCAGGAGAGGGGAGGGGUGAUGGGGAGCGGAGAGUGAAGGCGCUGGCAGCAGCGGCAGCAUCCGGGGGAGGUGUAUCUGAGGACGCACAAGACUUGCUCAGACAGGCUUCGUGGAUUCACUGCACCUCCAUGUCUCUCGCCACCCCUUCCGACCGCACUGCACUCCUUGCCGCACUGGACGCCGCAGGCUGCCACCCACUCGCCUCCUCCCCUUCCUCACCACCACCUUCACACUCCCUCACCCCCUCCUCCCCGCACUCCUCCCCCCACUCUCCCCCAUCCCCUCCGCGCCUCUUUCUUGAUGUAAACCUCCCCCUCUGCCUCUGGGCCUCCCGAGCCUCAGCCUCGGCAGCGCUGGAUCCGGUUUGGCGCCGAGCCUCGGUGGUGGAGGUGUCCCGUGCCGAAGCUGAGUUCCUGGUUGGGGAGGAGCGUUUUUUGCGGCGGCGGCAGGCUCGGGUGCGAUAUGCUUCGGACUCGUACCUGACGCUGAGAGGAGAGAGGGAGGAGGGGGAGGGAGAGGGCGUGUAUCACUGGAAGCCGGAGGAACUGGCUGGGCUGUGGCAUGAAGGCAUGGAUUUACUACUGGUGACCCAUGGAACUAUGCAGGUGCACUACUAUGGGAGGGGCUUCCACGGGUGGGUGGAGGGCACAGAGGACGUGCUGAUUGCCGCCAUGACGUGUGAUCGCGCUGGGUCAGGGGAUGCCCUUGUGGCUGGACUCCUCCGCAAGCUCUCCACCAACCCUGCUAUCCUCCGCGAUCAAGAUGCGCUAGAGAGGGCCAUUCGCUUUGCCAUUUCCGCCGGAGUCAUCUCCUCCUGGACCACCGGGGCUUAUCACCCGGACGUGUCCCAAGCCUCAGGUUCGGCCCGAGCCUUCCAGGCUAUAGUGGCGGCGUACGAGGUGUUGUCAGACGACCAACAGCGGCGCCUCUACGACCUUAGCGUCCAGCGCGCUGCAACUUCUGUUCGCACUGCUGCGAGUCGCGCGGCUGCUGGUCGCGGUGCUACAGUUGCUCGCGGCGCGUCUGUUCGUGUUGCUGGUGCUCCCAAUCGCAGCUCCCCGCGGCAUUGGUCGUCCGUGUCAUCUGCCACGUCAGCACACAGAUCAUCUGCCAGCUUAGACCCAUUCGACAGGGCGUUCUCAGCCUCGGUCCGGCCCUCCGUCGAGCCUGGCCCAGGUUCGGCCCAAGCCUCAACCUCAGAGUGCCCGAUCUUCUCGGCGUGGUACCUGCGGUGGCUGUUCCACGCGCGGUGGGCGCUGGCAGUGCAGCAGCGCGCACGGCGUGUUGCGGCGUUCAAAACCAGGAGCAGCGGCGGCAUGAGCCCCUCGUAUGCCGCUACGGGAAUGAGCAGGGGAGCAUGGCGUGGUGAGCAUGAGGCACACGAGGAGGAGCAGGGGCAUGGGGGGGGAGAGAGGAAGUGGAGACACGCUCAAAGAGACAAGUUGGACUGGCGUACAGGGGAUGGUGCAGGGCAGGAGGCAGGCAGGAGCAGAUGGAGGGGAGCGGAGCAGGCUGGAUCUGAUGGGUUGCUGGAACAGGGGGGACUGUUGGAGGGAGAUGAGUGCAGUUCUGGAAGAGGAGGUGUUGCUGCUGCUGCUGCCAGUGGGGGUGGUGGUGUUGCAGCAGCAGCUGGGGGCGGUUCAGGAGGAGUGGAGCAAGGGGCAACCUUGGCAGGAGAAAAGCCCGAGUGGCGGGCGUCUUUUGGCUCAGACCUCGUUUUCAUCCUCGUUAGUAUCAUCCUCGGGGUUCUUUAUGGUACCAACGCUACUUUAGCAUGGCUGUCCUUGGUCCUUAUCCUCUCUGCUAACACGAGGCUCGGGUUGAAAGUUGCCGGAGCUGUCGCAUGGAGGCUCGGGGGAAUGCCGGGCCUGGGGAUCGGCGUGGGGCUGCAUGCCUUGUCGUUUUUGCUGGGGAAUGUGCAUCAUGAAGCGGUGGGGGCUAUGGCACUUGUUGUGUGGAUGGGGAGAAGGGGGAUGGGUGGUGGAGGUGUGGCAAUGGCACCAACUAUUGUGAACGAGCGGAGGGAGAGACUGGUGAAAGCGAGCCGGGACGUGACAAUACAGAGCAAGAAGAUCAUAUUCGCCAUCCACAGAGCCACAAGUCCGCGCGCCCUGGCAGCAGCCGCGCAGCAGCUGGCCUCCCUACGAGCACACCACAUCGCUCAACCGUCCACCCCUUCGCUCUCCGCUCUUCCGCCUGCCCCACUGCCCCCUGCAUCCAUCCCACCCGCAGUUGCAAGAGUAUGUGGAGGCGGCAUCGUUCCUGCACUUCCGCCAAACUGGGCGCCUGCUGACCCUCGCCCAGGUGAGGGGGAAAGGGGCGGUGGAUGGCGGUGGGAGGCGGUGGGUGGGCAUGGAGGGAAUCUCGGGUUUUCUUUGAGCCUCCUGCGCCCCACCCAUCUGCGCCUCACCCAUCUGCGCCUCACCCAUCUGCGCCUCACCCAUCUGCGCCUCACCCAUCUGCGCCUCACCCAUCUGCGCCUCACCCAUCUGCGCCUCACCCAUCUGCGCCUCACCCAUCUGCGCCUCACCCAUCUGCGCCUCACCCAUCUGCGCCUCACCCAUCUGCGCCUCACCCAUCUGCGCCUCACCCAUCUGCGCCUCACCCAUCUGCGCCUCACCCAUCUGCGCCUCACCCAUCUGCGCCUCACCCAUCUGCGCCUCACCCAUCUGCGCCUCACCCAUCUGCGCCUCACCCAUCUGCGCCUCACCCAUCUGCGCCUCACCCAUCUGCGCCUCACCCAUCUGCGCCUCACCCAUCUGCGCCUCACCCAUCUGCGCCUCACCCAUCUGCGCCUCACCCAUCUGCGCCUCACCCAUCUGCGCCUCACCCAUCUGCGCCUCACCCAUCUGCGCCUCACCCAUCUGCGCCUCACCCAUCUGCGCCUCACCCAUCUGCGCCUCACCCAUCUGCGCCUCACCCAUCUGCGCCUCACCCAUCUGCGCCUCACCCAUCUGCGCCUCACCCAUCUGCGCCUCACCCAUCUGCGCCUCACCCAUCUGCGCCUCACCCAUCUGCUCCUCACCCAUCUGCGCCUCACCCAUCUGCGCCUCACCCAUCUGCGCCUCACCCAUCUGCGCCUCACCCAUCUGCGCCUCACCCAUCUGCGCCUCACCCAUCUGCGCCUCACCCAUCUGCGCCUCACCCAUCUGCGCCUCACCCAUCUGCGCCUCACCCAUCUGCGCCUCACCCAUCUGCGCCUCACCCAUCUGCGCCUCACCCAUCUGCGCCUCACCCAUCUGCGCCUCACCCAUCUGCGCCUCACCCAUCUGCGCCUCACCCAUCUGCGCCUCACCCAUCUGCGCCUCACCCAUCUGCGCCUCACCCAUCUGCGCCUCACCCAUCUGCGCCUCACCCAUCUGCGCCUCACCCAUCUGCGCCUCACCCAUCUGCGCCUCACCCAUCUGCGCCUCACCCAUCUGCGCCUCACCCAUCUGCGCCUCACCCAUCUGCGCCUCACCCAUCUGCUCCUCACCCAUCUGCGCCUCACCCAUCUGCGCCUCACCCAUCUGCGCCUCACCCAUCUGCGCCUCACCCAUCUGCUCCUCACCCAUCUGCGCCUCACCCAUCUGCGCCUCACCCAUCUGCGCCUCACCCAUCUGCGCCUCACCCAUCUGCGCCUCACCCAUCUGCGCCUCACCCAUCUGCGCCUCACCCAUCUGCGCCUCACCCAUCUGCGCCUCACCCAUCUGCGCCUCACCCAUCUGCGCCUCACCCAUCUGCGCCUCACCCAUCUGCUCCUCACCCAUCUGCGCCUCACCCAUCUGCGCCUCACCCAUCUGCGCCUCACCCAUCUGCGCCUCACCCAUCUGCGCCUCACCCAUCUGCUCCUGGCUUCUCUGCUCCUCAUUCACCCUGCUGGCCUCUCAACUUUGUUGCUAUUCUUGGCGGCCUGCCUUGCCAUGCCCUGCGCAGGAGAGCACAAGAGCGUGAGCAAUGCAGCGUUCCAUGUGCAUGCCCUCCUCUGCGCCUCUUACCUAUCCACCUAUGCUCUCUGUACUGCAUUGCUCACGCUACUCAUACAUACUGCUCACACUGUAUGCCCUCCUCUGCACUCCUUCCACUGCACUCUUGCCCAGGUGAACGGUGCGUUUGAAGGCAUUCUGGACCGCGAGGGCCAAGCCUUCCACGUGCAUGCUGCUGACUAUGUGUUGGGGCUCGCUGAUUUGACCGGAGAAGUCAUGAGGCUAGCUGUGUCAAGCCGUGCAGCUGCUGCUGCUGACGGUGGUGGUGGCGCUGCUGCUGGUAACGCGGGUGGUGGUGAUGGUGGUGCGGGCUCCACUGGAAAAGGGACCAGCAGGCGAGGGAAGAGGCAACAGGAACAACCAGAGGCUCAAGCAAAGGCUUCAGGUGCCGAGCCUGCGGCUGCCUCCGAACCUGUUGCCGCGGCCGAGCCUGAAGCAGAGGCUGGAGAGGGGAGAGGGGAAUUGGUGGUGGAUGCAGAUGCGUGUCGGUUGUUCGUGCAGAGGCUGUAUGCAGGGUUCAGCCUGCUGCCUAGGAGCAGCGAGCUGGGUAAGGAGAUGGGGAAGAAGAUGGACGUGAUGCUGGCGAGCCUCAACAAGAUUGAGAACGGGUUCAGUCUCCUUCCCAGGAGCAGCGAGGUGGGGAAGGAGAUGGGAAAGAAGAUGGAUGUCAUGCUGGCGAGCCUCAACAAGAUUGAGAACGAGUAUCCAGAAGAUCUGCUGCAGCUGGGAUUGGAGGGGAGGGAGGCAGGAGGAGUAGAGGGGGAGUGA